GCCAAACUAGUAGCAGCAGCAGAGUCGAGAGAGCUCAGCCGCUAGAGGAGAGAGGCAGCUGAGACGCCACGUGUACCCAGCCGCUGCCUCACUCAGGUGCUCCACUCCCGCUCCCUCUUCCCCACCCAAACUCCUGACAUUGCCGUGCGCGCCACCGGCGACGAGACCGCCGGCCCAGAUGGCUUCCUCCGCGUGGGCCUCCCCGGCGCCGCGCCCUCCGCCGCGCGGCCACCGCCACCCUCGUGCGUGCCCAGCAGCAGGAGCUGCCGCCGCCGCUCCAGUGACGCGCCGCGUCGGCGCCACCGCGCGCUGCCGGGCGGUGGCCGCCCCCGCCGGCCCGUCGCCACCCGGGGUGGCGGAGAGGCCGGAGGCAGACGUGGUGGUGAUCGGGAGCGGGCUCGGCGGGCUCUGCUGCGCGGGCCUCCUGGCGAGGUACGGGCAGGACGUGGUGGUGUUGGAGAGCCACGACCGGCCGGGCGGCGCCGCCCACUCGUUCGACGUCAAGGGGUUCCACUUCGACUCCGGCCCCUCGCUCUUCUCCGGCUUCCAGUCCAGAGGGCCCCAAGCCAACCCCCUCGCCCAGGUCCUCGACGCGCUAGGCGAAUCGGUUCCGUGCGCCUCGUAUGACUCGUGGAUGGUUCAUGUCCCCGAAGGACAGUUCGAGUCGCGGAUAGGGCCGACUGAUUUCCUCAAGGACCUUGAAACUUAUGUUGGUCUGGACGCAACCCGGGAGUGGCAAAAGCUUCUAGAUGCAGUUAUCCCUAUAUCUGCAGCUGCAAUGGCUCUGCCUCCGCUGUCCAUCCGAGGCGAUCUAGGCAUCCUUUCCACAGCAGCCGGUAGAUAUGCUCCUUCUCUGUUGCAGUCCUUGAUAAAAAUGGGUCCUCGGGGAGCCCUCGGCGCCACGAAGCUGCUACGCCCGUUCUCGGAGAUUGUCGACUCGCUGGAGCUCAAAAAUCCCUUUGUCCGUAACUGGAUCGACCUCCUGUGCUUUCUGCUAGCUGGCGUCAAAUCCGACAGUGCGCUUUCUGCAGAAAUGGUUUAUAUGUUUGCAGAAUGGUACAAGCCAGGAUGCAAGCUGGAGUACCCUCUGGGCGGGAGUGGAGCGAUAAUCGAUGCCCUCGUACGGGGUAUUGAAAAGUUCGGUGGAAGACUUGCUCUUAAUUCUCAUGUGGAGAAGAUUCUGAUAGAGAACGGUCGGGCUGUUGGCGUCAAGCUACGAGGUGGACAGAUCGUACGUGCGAAGAAAGCGGUCGUUAGCAACGCGUCCAUGUGGGAUACCUUGAGCCUGCUCCCACCGGACACAAUGCCGAGAUCAUACCAAGAUCAGGUGAAGGCGACGCCGCAGUGCGAUUCCUUCAUGCACCUCCACCUGGGUUUCGACGCAGAGUGCGUGAAGGAGGACCUCGGGAUCCACCAUAUCGUGGUUAACGACUGGGACAGAGGCGUCGACGGCGAGCAGAACGUGGUGCUGAUAUCGGUCCCCAGCGUUCUCAGCGAGGGCCUGGCGCCGCCGGGGAAGCACAUCCUCCACGCUUACACGCCGGGGACGGAGCCUUUCGGCCUGUGGGAAGGGCUCGACCGCAAGAGCGCCGCCUACCGGAGCCUGAAAGAAGAGCGUUCCGAGGUGAUGUGGAAGGCGGUGGAGCUGGCCCUGGGCCCGAAGUUCAGCCGGGAAAAGUGCGAGGUGAAGCUGGUGGGCACGCCGCUGACGCACAAGCGGUUCCUCCGGCGGAACAGGGGCACCUACGGCCCGGCCAUCAAGGCCGGGGAGGCGACGUUCCCGGGGCAGGCGACGCCGGUGCCGCAGCUCUUCUGCUGCGGCGACUCCACCUUCCCCGGGAUCGGCGUGCCCGCGGUGGCCGCCAGCGGCGCCAUCGUCGCCAACACGCUCGUCUCCGUGGCGCAGCACUCGGAGCUCCUCGACGCCGUCGGCAUCUGACCACCACAUGUUGUGCUAAAAGUGACAGGCAGGCAAGCAGAGCUGUGGAGAACCAUGCAACAUUUGUGUUCAAUAUAAAGAUGCAGAGAAAAAGAAAGCAGCAUAUUGCUCGGUACUGCACAUGAGAAGAGAAGAUUUUAUAGUCAGCACAUACAGAAGAGACAGGCAUAGUUUUCUUAUGUACCACCUCUGUAUAAAAAUAUAAGACGUUUUCUGAGUUCUUAUAUUUUUAUACAGAGGGGGUAGUUUGCAAAAAGGGGAGAAGAAGAAGGAAAAAAACAUGGUUCAGAAUGUAGAUGAAUUGCUACAUGCUGUUUGUACAUGACUGAUUGUUCAGGUAUAAAUAAUGCUACUUACGUACGUA